CGCCUCGGUGCGUGCACACAAUCCUGCACACGACCAAUAAGCCAGCACCGUCGUACGCCCAGUUUCUUUUUACUUGAAACCUUUUACUCCUGCUCGGCAGUGCUGCACGCCCACUAGGAUGACUGGGAAGACCCAGACCAGCAACGUGACAAACAAGAAUGACCCGCGCUCCCUCAACUCCCGCGUCUUCAUUGGCAACCUCAACACGGCAGUGGUGACCAAGGGUGACAUCGAGGCCAUCUUCGCCAAAUACGGGAAGAUCGUGGGCUGCUCGGUGCAUAAGGGCUUCGCGUUCGUCCAGUACGUCAGCGAGAGGAACGCCCGGACGGCCGUGGCCGGAGAGAACACCAGAGUCAUCGCCGGACAAUCGCUAGACAUCAACAUGGCAGGAGAGCCGAAACCAUACAGGCCUAAGUUGGGCUCUAAGAGGCCUCUGUCGUCGCUCUACAGUGGCUACGAGUUUGACUAUGACUUCUACAGAGAUGAUUACUACAGCAGACUCUUUGAGUACCAUGGUCGUGUCGUGCCUCCGACCCGGGCUGUGAUCCCCAUCAAACGCUCGCGCCUACUCGUGCCGUCCACGCGCAGAGCCAAGUCCUCCUUUCCUGUCAGAGCUUGUUCGGCCUCUUCUUCCUCCUCCUCGUCCUCCUCCCGAGCGAUCAACGCUGGCUCUUCCAUCACAAGCACUAAACUGAAGACAGACCAGCUCCUCACAAUCAAAAAGGAGCUGUCACAGAUCAAGACCAAGAUCGACUCACUGCUGGGAAGGCUGGAGAAGUUUGAGAGGCAGCAUCGCUCCGACACGGAGAUGCAGAGGAAACAAGAGGAGAUGUGUGAACGUCUCCAUGGUGAUGCAGCAGACCAUUCUGGUGAAGAGGAAGCGGAGGGGGCAGCCGAGGUGGAGGCGGGGGAGAUGACGGACGGUGGUGAAGACGACUUUGAAGAUGAAGGCACCAGUGACAUGAUAGACAACCACAUAUCAGACAUCGACAACUGAGGAAGUCUAAAGAAAUGAAGCCUUCAGUAGAUUAAGUUGGAGGAACAGAUACCAGCGCAGCCUCCUUCAUCAAGGAGGUUCAUUUGAAAUUAAAGGAAAGCAAAGACAGGUGUUCCAAACUCGUUUGUUGCUUGUUUGCCUCGUCAGAACAUGACGCUCGUGAUGUGUACUUCAUCAAAACGCUGGUUAUUGACAUUCUCCAAACUACUGCAAGAUCAACUUCAAAGAGCGAUUCUUAACCUUCAGAGUGAUUGGCUGUCUGAAAAAUCUGAACAAUACAGUAUAUUGUGUGAUUGAUAUAUUUUGGUCAGUAUUGUGUAUAAAGAAAUGUGAUUAUGUGAUCAAUCAGAUGAACCAUGAGAUGCCCUCCUUUGUUGUCCUGCAGAUGUACGUUUGUUGUUUGUUCUUUUUCUUCGCUUUGAAAACUGUGACGAGCCACGAUGCUGGCAGAGAGCUGUACAUGAAUGUAUGAGGGACACUGAUAAUUACGCCAUUUGCUUUGUUUGUACACUUUGCUGAAAGGUACAGUUUGUCAUUUAUUCACCAUGUCGCUGCACUGCUGUACGCACAUUACUUUUGUCACCGUUAUACACAAUAUGUGUUUUAAAUUAUGUUUAUGUUAAUCAGAAGAUGUUUAUUUUUUACUA